CCUAAUGCAAUGCUGUUGAUUCUUUUCUUCUUUCUACUCUCUCGUAUGAAUUUGAUGGCGAGCAACUCACCCGAUUGCGAGGAGGCGGCCGCCGCUGUCGGCGAGGAUGAGGACACUGGCGCCCAGAUCACUCCCAUUGUCACCCUUGCCGAGGUGGCCGUUACCACUGGCGAGGAGGAAGAGGACACCCUCCUCGAUCUAAAGGCGAAACUUUACCGGUUCGAUAAGGAAGGCAACCAGUGGAAGGAGCGGGGUACGGGAAGCGUGAAGCUUUUAAAGCACAGGGAAACUGGAAAGGUGCGGUUGGUGAUGCGGCAGUCGAAGACCCUCAAGAUUUGCGCCAACCAUCUUGUUGUUCCGACCAUUAAGAUUCAGGAGCAUGCGGGGAGUGAUAAAUCGUGCGUGUGGCAUGCAUCUGAUUUUGCUGAUGGGGAAUUGAAAGAGGAGUUGUUUUGCAUCCGAUUCAGUUCUGUAGAAAACUGUAAGAAAUUCAUGGAGAUGGUGGAAUCCAUUGCCGAAUCCUCUGGAAAAGUUGAAGAGAGAGAUAGCAAGGACGCUACUGAUGCUGCUGGGCUCCUGGGCAAUCUGAGUGUUGACGAAACAAAAGAAGAAAAGGCUUCAAUGGAGGUUUCUGCCUCUGUUGCUAAGCUAGAAGAAAAUCCCCAGACAGAGUCCAAACCCCACCAAGAGCAUUCUCAGGAUUGAUGAGUUUUUCCCAAAAUAAGAUAAUUAUCGUGACCUUAAAAGGUUUGUCAUGUUUAACGUGAGUAUGUUCAAAUUCCCGAGGAACAUAAAGCAAGAUCAGUGUCAGUGGGCGAAGUCAUUCUUGGUCUGACAGAUUGAUUCCUUUGCGGAGAAAUGUGUAUGUUCAUGGUACGGUUUGUGUUGUGCUUGUGUCACUAGGUUCCAGGUCUUAAUAUAAACAGGGCUAGAUUUGAUUUGGCUCAGUCUACUUAAGUUCAGACAAUCUAUACUAGUAACUUACAAAUAAUUUUGCAUAUA